AUGAAUAUCCUUACGAUAGAUGUAACAGAGGAUAUUGACUUUGAGGAUGACUCUUCUGAUGAAGACUAUGAACCUAGUUUAAAUUUUACUCUGAGACCGAACCUUGCCACUGACAACAUCCCAAUAGAGGAUACUGAUGAAUCAGAUUCUGAUAAUGAAAUUGAUCCCUCAGAUUCCAUUGAUUCCGAUUCCAUUGGAAAUAUUAGAAGAAUCGCAGGUGUAGAUGAGAUAGACCAACUUACAGAUGACAGACCUCUACUUGUGUACCAGCAAGCCCUGUUAGACCUGGCUAAUAUCCAAGUUAAUUCAAGUUGUCAGGUUAAAGGCUGCUGUGAAAAUAUCACUUUGUCAACUGUAACCGUUGCAUCAGCAAUAUAUAUUAAAUGGGUUUGUAAAAAUGGACAUCUUGCCCAGAAAUGGUGCUCCCAGCCCAUCUUGAACAGGAGACUGCACGGUGGGGAUUUAUUAAUAGCAUCAGCCAUUCUCCUGUCCGGCAAUAAUUUCCAAAAGAUUCUGACCAUGGCUAAGUUCUUGAAACUGACAAUUUUAAGCUCCUCCACAUUCCACAGGAUUCAGAUAACUUACCUGGUGCCGUCUAUAGAUAAAUUUUGGACGGAUCAACAGGAUGCUAUAAUAGACGAAUUCCGUGAUCAAGAUCUAAUUGUUCUAGGUGACGGUCGAAAAGACAGUCCUGGCCACAGUGCGCAGUACUGCUCCUAUACAUUUAUGGAGUAUAUAAGCAAGAAAAUUUUGUAUAUUAUCACACUAGACAAAAGGAGCACGGACAAGAAAAGCACAAACCUUGAAAAGGCCUGCUUUCAGAAAGGCAUGCGGUUUUUUAAAGAUGCAGGACUCAAAGUAGUAGAGGUUGUGACAGAUGCUCAUGUUCAGAUAGCUUCCUUAAUGAGUAAGACUUGUAUUUAUCCAGAAAUAAAACAUUCAUUUGAUGUCUGGCAUGGGACAAAGAACCUAGGGAAAAAGCUUAUUAGCCAAGAAAAAGAGAACAAAGCCCUAAAAGGAUGGACGAAGGACAUUGUAAACCAUUAUUGGCAUUGUUCUGAAGUGUCAAAUACUUAUGAAGAAUUUGUGGAUGUCUGGUAUGGUGUUCUUCAUCAUGUUGUAGAUGAACAUACCUGGGUUAUUCCCUAUACAAGCUCAGGCGACAGCUCUUGCCAACAUGGUCCUCUGGUAGACGACAGGGAAAAGCAAUUUUUGGAAAAGGGAUCUUCCCCUCAUACUGCUCUGAGAAAGCUUGUUAUGGAUAAACGUCUGCUGAAUAAAAUUCCAUACUACCUCAACUGCAGGAGCACAGCUGAAUUGGAAAAUUUCCAAAACCUCAUACUAAUGUAUGCAUCAAAGAGAAAUUCAUACAGCCCACCCAUGUACAGGGCAAGGAAUAGACUGUCAGCCCUGGAUCACAAUGCACAUAUAGAACGUGCAGUGAUGUCAAACAAAGAUGGUUCUUUAAGGUGGCAGAGAAGUACAACAAGAAAACUGCAAGAUGGUCAGUGCAUGCUGUAAAAGAGGAAAAAUCAUAUGUGUACAUAAAGGACCUCAUAAAAAGUAUUGUCUGUAUGAGGAUGGAAGACCGCAUUGGGAUGAAUAGAAGGGUAGUGCUUGAGCCUGAUGACCCAAGACGAUUGUCAGCACACUUGGC